UGUACAUGUAGUAGUUCAAAUGGUAAUUUGAAUAUUUGGGUCAAGUGUCACUUUUGAUUUCCGUCGACAUUUUUAUGAAAUUUCCAAAAAUAUGAGGGCAUUUGAUUGAAAAAGCGUUACGUGUUUGUUGUGAGUUCAGUUCGGCGCUAAAAUUGGAUCAUAAGAAAAUUGGAAGUUUGAUCAAUACCUUUUAUUUACUGGAUACGUAUGAUCUCGUGCUGGCGAUUACAAAAAUGGAAGCCGAGAUGAAAAUCGGGAUUGAUACAGCUGAUGAAAAAGGGAACGAGACCAAGGCUUUGGUCAAGAAGAAAAAUGAAAGUUCUCACAUCUCAGUGAAGGAGUUUUUGAAUUACCUGAAAACAGCUUAUCAGCUACAAGAUAAUGAGAGUGGCGGCGAUGGAAUAUUGAUGUCUGGUGGCAUGAAAGACGCAGUUGACUGGUUGAAAAGUAAGGAGAACCAAGAGCUGUUAAGAAUAAAUAGUAUCUGUUGUCAAACGUCUGAUACUCUGUUGCAGGAAGAUGCAAAAGAAACACGUAGUAAGAAAAGUGGUACGAGCUGCACUAAUAGUAAUAGCGCUUCCGUUGGUAACUUGUCAGAGGCGGACUCACUGAAAAACAAAUUGAGUGAGGUUUUGUCUGAAGGACUUCUGGACUCUGUUUUACCAUACCUCGUACAAAAUGCUGCCAACAUCAAGAAGAAUCUAUCAGUUAAAUUAAAUGAGAAGCUCUCGGUUCAGUCAAGCUCACAGUCUUCAAGUGAAAAGGUACUGUCUAAAAAGUCGUCUGGAGACUCCAGUUGUAAGUUGAGUGUCAUUAAAACUGACUCCGAGGUGGAGAUACAUGUAUGCGAUGAGGUGAAGAAUAUGAAGAAAACAUUUGUGUGCAACCAGAAACUACUUGUCGAAAAAAUGGGAUACUUUGCAGAGGUGACACUAGGUCAACGCUUGGAGGAUAUGGACAUAUCGGUUCACUGCGACAUAGCCAUAUUCGAAUGGCUCAUGCAGUGGGUGAAAAAAGAAUCUCUGUUAGAGGAAGAUUGGCCUAAAUUGGACCCUCAGUGCGUCAUACCGAUUCUGGUAUCGGCCGCAUUCCUACAAAUGGAUCCGUUAUUGAAUGAUUGUCUUUUAUUUUGCCAUGAACAUAUGAAUGAGAUCCUCAGGACCAGUACCAACUUGUCCUGUUUGAAUGAUUCUGUUCUGACGAGAUUAGCUGCAAUGUACACCAAUACUGAAGUGGAGGCUAUCAAGGACCGAAAAGACAAAAUACAAUCGCGACUGUUCACAAAGCUCAUCAUGUCAUUAGGUGAACCGGACGCUGAGAGUGUUAGGGGACAUUGGUGUUCUCUAGCAAGUCUUUUCAAAUGUGAGAAAUGCCACUUGCUUAUGACUCCUCAUGUGGCGCCAAAUAUUCCAUGCAUACCAUCAUGCAUGAGAUUGCAACCAGACGGAUCAAUUAUAAGUUUGCAUGUGAUGGAUCUCAGAUGGUCUCUGAGCAACCACAUCGUCACUUUACGCUCCGCCCUAAAGUCGUGGCGUCGCGUUUAUUGGCGGCUGUGGGGCUCCGCCCAUUUCUUGUUUUGCGCCGCCUGUCGCCAGCCUUUCCCAUGUACCCGUCACGCUUGGUGUCGUCAUCAUCCUGACCCGCCCCAGUUUUUUGCCACGGAUGCUGGGUGUCAGAAACCUCCGUUGCCCGUCGGAAGGUAUCCCUGUUGUGGCGAAAGGGCAUACAGGUUCAAGGUGCUGGAUGAAGGUGGCGGGUGUCAAUUCAGGCAGCAUAUGGUAUGUUCGAUGGAUAUCAGAGAAACUGCUAUAUACAGUAUGUUGGAGAGCUAUAGACAUUUGAUAGAAGAGGAACCUCCUCAAUUGCUGUUUCCCGAAAGGCUAACGCGGUUAGUGGCAAGAGAUUCGAAUGCUACCGACAAAAAAUUCGUUUGCAAGGAAACUUUUUGGUGGGAAGGGUUCGAAAUAAUUCCCCCUCGACCGAAAUUCGGAUUGCUAACUGGAUUCUCGAACAGGGCAAAAUUGGAAAGCAGUUCUGAAGAGAGUACAGAGGAUUUAACUGAAGAAGAAUCCUCUACCUCUACUUCAGAAAGUGAUGAUGGCAGUGCCGAAAGUAACCCCCCUCCAGCACGGAUAACAAACAGAAGAAAAGUGAAAAGGAAAAAGGAUUUGAAAUUAUGGCAGCACAAUUUGUCUGCUAGGAGCAAUCAGGAUAUCCAACGGGCGUAUGAAGAACAUAUUGUGAAAGAAAUGACUGUAAUUUUGAAUAAGAAUGUUUCUCAUGAAAAUUACAUCAGAACCAGCAAGGCGUCAUCCAGGAAUGUAACACCAAUAGGCGGUGUUUGGACGAGACUAGAGUCGGAGUGGAAGGAUAACUUCAAUCAGAACCCGCAAAAAUUGAAAAAUGUGAAUUCAAAAGGGUCAAAGUUCCGCAGAUAAAAUCUGCAAAAAUAAGCGUACUUCAAUGUUGUUUUACUAAUUUUUUAAUUAAAAGAAAAUAUAACAAUUAUUUAAUUUCCUGUGGAAAUAAGAGAUGAUGUAAUAAAAAAUUAUCAGGCUGUUGGGUUUUCCUAAGCACAUCUCGUUGAGUUGUACAUACAUGAGAAUGGUAUAAAUUAAAAUACAGUACGCAUUAAUUUACGACGAUUCAGCUAAUUUCUCUGCUUUCUGCACGACCUCUUCGAUGGGUCCGACCAUGUAGAAUGCUACUUCUGGCAGAUGGUCCAAUUCACCAUUCAAGAUCU